GCGUUUCGCGGUGACUACUUUAUUCUCAUGUACACACGCUAAAUAAAUGAAAAUUUUGUUUUCAUCUGGAUUUUGGUGAAAAUAAGGCUUCAUUCCAACUAAGUUUGCAUCGCUUCUACACUCCCACAUCCGAGAGCCAUGGAGACGCUCCUGGAGCAGCAGCGGCGCUACCAUGAGGAGCGCGAACGCCUGGUCAAGCUGAUGGUGGACGAGCACGCCACGAAGAAGCCGGGCGAGAAAGAGCGCAUCCACUCGGAGCACCGGCUCAAGUACCUUAUGGAGCUGCACCACAACGCCACCGCGCAGUUGCGCGACCUGUACGAGGACAAGGACAACGAGCGCAAGGCGGAGAUCGCCGCCCUCUCAGGACCCAAUGAGUUCAACGAGUUCUAUGCCCGCCUCAAGCAGAUCAAGCAGUUCUACAAGUCGCAUCCCGCCGAGGUGAGCGUGCCGCUCUCAGUCGAGUUCGACGAGAUGAUUCGCGUGUACAACAAUCCGGACGACAUGAGCGCCCUGGUGGAGUUUACCGACGAGGAGGGUGGUGGCCGGUAUCUGGACCUCAACGAGUGCUACGAACUCUACUUGAACCUGCGCGCUGUCGAGAAACUAGACUACAUCACCUACUUGAUGUCCUUUGACCACGUCUUCGACAUACCGCGCGAGCGCAAGAACCGCGAGUACCGGAAGUACUUGGAAACCCUCAACGACUAUCUGCACCACUUUAUCCUCCGAAUUCAGCCGCUGCUGGACUUGGAGGGGGAGCUGCUGAAGGUAGAGCUCGACUUCCAGAGGCAGUGGCUGCUUGGCGUCUUUCCCGGCUGGUCCCUCAAGGAGACUGAGUCGGCGUUGGCCAACACUGGCGCUCACCUCGAUCUCUCCGCCUUCUCCAGCUGGGAGGAGCUGGCCUCGCUGGGACUGGAUCGUCUCAAGUCUGCCCUGGUGGCCUUGGGGCUGAAGUGCGGAGGUACAUUAGAGGAGCGCGCCCAGCGGCUGUUUUCGACGAAGGGCAAGAGCACCCUGGACCCCGCACUGAUGGCAAAGAAGCCCAGCGCCAAGUCCGCCAGCGCGCAGUCACGGGAAAGUGAGCGCCACAAGGAGAUCGCCCAACUGGAGGCUCUGCUCUACAAGUAUGCCGAGUUACUUUCCGAGCAGCGGGCGGCCACUAAGGAGAAUGUGCAACGCAAGCAGGCACGCACAGGCGGUGAGCGGGACGACAGUGAUGUGGAGGCCAGCGAGUCGGAUAACGACGACGAUCCCGACGCCGACGAUGUGCCCUACAAUCCCAAGAACCUGCCACUUGGCUGGGACGGCAAACCCAUACCCUAUUGGCUGUACAAGCUGCACGGCCUGAACAUCAGCUACAACUGCGAGAUCUGCGGCAACUUCACGUACAAGGGUCCCAAGGCCUUCCAGCGACACUUUGCCGAGUGGCGCCAUGCGCACGGCAUGCGCUGCCUGGGCAUUCCCAACACCGCUCACUUCGCCAACGUUACCCAGAUCGAAGACGCGAUAACGCUGUGGGAGAAGCUCAAGUCGCAGAAGCAAAGCGAGCGCUGGAUCGCCGAUCAGGAGGAGGAGUUCGAGGAUUCGCUGGGCAACGUGGUCAACCGGAAGACAUUCGAGGAUCUAAAGCGCCAGGGACUGCUGUAGAGUGUAGAUUUAGUGGCUGCAGGGUGGGAACUUUUGGAGGCGCAGCGUAGUGUAUGGACAAUUUAAAUGCAUUAUUCUGUAAAUCCAACAUAAAAAGUUCGUGGUCACCCAUUUUAAAAAUAAAGUUAUAUCUAAAACCAUA